AGGAAAUUACUCCUCCUACUGUGAUUAGAGAUAAUCUACUGAGCAAAAAUAAUUUGUCAGUUUUCAUUAUUAAGAACCAAAAGUAUUGUGGCUUUUUGGCAAAGGGACUUAAUUCUUUCACAGGCUUUUGAAGCUGCAGUAAAGUGCACAGUAUGCAGAAUUUACUUUAAUCAGAUUAUAAGAUUACAAAGAUUACGUUAAUGCCUUUAUGACUGGAGAGCCAAAAAAAAAUCUUGCUUUAAGUUUCAAGGAAGCACUAUCCUGCCUGAGAGAUCUGACAUCUGAGACUUAGAAAGACAUUCUUUUUGUCAUAAAAAUGCCUGUAAUCAACAUAGAGGACCUGACUGAAAAGGAUAAACUUAAAAUGGAAGUAGAACAGCUUCGAAAAGAAGUGAAGUUGGAAAGGAAGUUGGUCUCCAAAUGCGCUGAAGAAAUCAAAGACUACAUUGAAGAAAGAUCAGGUGAUGACCCUUUUGUGAAAGGCAUUCCUGAGGACAAAAACCCAUUUAAAGAAAAAGGAGGUUGCGCCAUUUCAUAAACCAGCUGCAGAACUGGACCAGCAAUCCAAAUGUCUACAUGUUUUGGUUAUUACACAGAAAACACAUUUAGACUGAAUGCCAGUAAAAAUAAGCAGGAAAUCAUGAACAACAGUGUAACAAAUGUAUCUUGUUUACUAGGAGAAAAUAGUUUUUUAGCUUUUAUUUUCUUCAAAGGUAUAUUUCAGAAGGUUCAACAGGCAGUGGGAAUUACAUUUUUAUGGCACUUCUGCCUUGUCGAAAACCAAGGAAUUAACUAAAUGCAUAACAUGUUCAAAUACAUAUCAUUAAUAUUUGUAUGGUAGCUCCUAGAAUAUGUUUUUCAAACAAUAUGUUAUAAAUUCCUUGCAAGAAAUUUGACUUCAUUAAUAAAAACUCAGUAUUGGAUGGUGAAA